AUGCGGACCAACACCCCAUUCAGACAAUUCCUAUAUAAAACAUUCACCUGCACCACCAAAAAUUUCUAUUUUAUUUGAAAGCAAGCAACGAAUUAACGUACAAUUUUCAGAAAAUACUUUGAAAAUCCAGAUAUAUAUGAAAAAUUUUCUGUUGUUCUACAAAGGAUGUAUAAGUCCGAUACUUUGAAAUUCAAAAUGUGUAGAACCAAAUUAGUCGACGUUACGGAUAAAACUGAUAUCAAGGACAUUAUCCGGAAUUACCACGAAAGCAAGUCGAAUCAUCGUGGAAUUGAGGAAACGCAUCAGAGAAUAAAAGAAAAAUAUUUUUGGCCUAACUUGAAAAAAUCAAUUCAAACAUUUAUAAAUGAAUGUGAAAAUUGUCAACAAUGUAAAUAUGAGCGUCAUCCGAUAAAAAUUGCGAGGAAUCUCACCCCCACUGCAUCAGAACCUUUUGAAACCGUACAUAUCGAUACUUUCAUUUUUGAAGGUUCAAAAUUUCUCACAAUUAUAGAUAGUUUUUCUAAAUAUGCUCAAGCAUAUCAGAUUACUUCGCUUUCAGGAACUGAAAUUGCUGAUAAUCUGAUAUUAUUCUUUUCUCAUCAUGGAAUUCCUACCCGAAUUAUCGCAGAUAAUGGCACUGAAUUCAAAAAUACCGUUUUAACUGAAGUUUUGUCACUUCAUGAAAUUAAGCUUCAUUUUAUUUCGCCAAAUCAUCCAGAUUCUAAUGGAGUCGUUGAACGAUUUCAUUCAACUAUCACCGAACAUUUAAGAUUGUUGAACACUUUCAGAAAACCUAUAAAAAUGAAAAUGUUGUAUGCCAUUUUAGCCUACAACCACACCUUACAUUCUGUCACAAAAUUAAAGCCUAUAGAUAUAAUCAAUGGACAUAUUACGUCGAACGAACCAUUCGAUAUCAAAAUCGACCAAUUACUCCUCAAUGACUAUACCAACAGCCACAAAGAGCGUACAAAGCUAUUUUAUUCAAAAAUAAAUUCUGAUCUCAUUCAAAACAAAGAGAAAACGCUAGAACGCGUUAACAGAGAUUGCGAUAGUUCCCAGGAAUCAUAGGAAUCCAUGGUACGAUAACGUUGAAGAAUUUAGAAAAUAACCUA